GCCCAGGGAUGCGGCCUGGUCCCGGGACGUGUAGGCUGCGGUAACUUGGAUGGGGGUCCUCGACGGGACGGGGUACCGGCGUCUGGGGUGACGUUGUAAGAGGAAGGGGCUUGCUCCCAAGUCCGGCUGGACAACCCGGGGCCAAAGUCAGGCAGGAGAGUCUGGCACAGCGCCCACGCCCAGGGCUGGGAGCAGGAAGUCGUCUCCCGCGGGCUUGUCCCUGGGCGCAACGCUGCAGGUGCCAAGCACAGUGGCCUGAGCAGGCAGCCAGUGCAGAGGGUGACGCCGGACGUACGGGCUCUUUGAGGAUGACGGGGGCGUGUCAGGAAAUGAGUCGUAGGCCCGCCUCGCCCUGGGGAAUCCGUGUCAGCUGUCCGGAGGCUCCGAAGCUGAGCAAGAGCUGACGCCGGGGAAGGUCACGCCCUGUGGGCUUGCGCCCGCCCGGCCUGGUCCCGCGUCCUUCAAACCCCCGCCCUGAUCACCUCUGACCUCCCUAGCACCCUCUUUCCAGGCCCUCUUUCCAGGCUGCUCUCUCUCCCUUCAGCUCCCUGCAUGUCUCCCCUCUCCCUUCAAAACCCAUUCUUCCUUUGGAUCCCUUGCCUCCCUUUCUGUGCACCCGUUCCCCACGCUGUCCCCUGACCUUUUCUAGUACCUUCCUCCUGCAUUCGUCUCUCCUCCUUCCCUACCAGACCCAAGACCCAUUUCCCCUGACAGGUUAUCUCUGUCCAGCCUUAGCUUAUUCCUCAACCCCCUCAGGGUGGGAACAGGUUAUAGGGCUCACCCCAAAGCAGAACCUCUCCACCAAGAGGACAGUGUGUAGGCCGCUACCCCCAACUACCACCACCACCACCACUACCAUGUGACAGUUGAAAGCUGUGGCUUGCAGAAAGCAGAAGUAAGCUCACUACUCCAUACUCCAGGAAAUCAGUUCUGGCUGUAGGGUGACCCAGCUCCUUUGCUACUAUGAACAGGGCCCCUCUGAAGCGCUCCAGGAUCCUGCACAUGGCACUGAUGGGGACUUCUGAUCCCUCUGGAGAGGCAGAGGCCAGCAAGGAGAAACCCUUUCUGCUGCAGGCAUUGCAGAUCACACUGGUGGUCUCACUCUACUGGGUCACCUCCAUCUCCAUGGUGUUCCUUAACAAGUACCUGCUGGACAGCCCCUCCCUACAGCUGGACACCCCCAUCUUCAUCACCUUCUACCAGUGCCUGGUGACCACAGUGCUGUGCAAGGGCCUCAGCAUCCUGGCGUCCUGCUGCCCUGGGGCCGUGGACUUCCCCACCCUGCGCCUGGACCUCAGGGUGGCCUGCAGCAUCCUGCCCCUGUCAGUUGUCUUCAUUGGCAUGAUCACCUUCAAUAACCUGUGCCUCAAGUAUGUGGGGGUGGCCUUCUACAACGUGGGCCGCUCGCUCACCACCGUCUUCAAUGUGCUGCUGUCCUACAUGCUGCUCAAGCAGACCACCUCCCUCUAUGCCCUGCUUACCUGUGGCUUCAUCAUUGGUGGCUUCUGGCUUGGUGUGGACCAGGAGGGGGCAGAAGGUACCCUGUCUUGGAUGGGCACCUUCUUUGGCGUGUUAGCCAGCCUCUGUGUGUCACUCAAUGCCAUUUACACCAAGAAAGUGCUCCCAGCAGUGGAUGGCAGCAUCUGGCGCCUGACCUUCUACAACAACAUCAAUGCCUGUGUCCUCUUCCUGCCCCUGCUCCUGCUGCUGGGGGAGCUUCAGGCUCUCUCUGACUUUCCCCAGCUGGGCAGUGGCCACUUCUGGGGGAUGAUGACGCUGGGCGGCCUGUUUGGCUUCGCCAUCGGCUACGUGACAGGACUGCAGAUCAAGUUCACCAGUCCUCUGACCCACAAUGUAUCCGGGACAGCCAAAGCCUGUGCCCAGACAGUGCUGGCUGUACUCUACUACGAGGAAACCAAGAGCUUCCUCUGGUGGACAAGCAACAUGAUGGUGCUUGGGGGCUCCUCUGCCUACACCUGGGUUAGGGGCUGGGAGAUGAAGAAGACUCAGGAGGAGCCCAGCCCCAAAGAGGAUGAGAAGAACAGCAUGGGGGUGUGAGCUCUCAAUACCCAAACAGGGAAAUGCCCAGGGUGGGGCUGAAACAUCAGUGAAGGUGCCUCCCUGGACCCAGAGAGGGUAGUCUGGAGAGGGUAUUGUUUACAGACCUCAUCAGAAUUUGGUGAUUGAAAUGGAACCAGUGUUUUUAAGUGACAUCAGAAAAUUGCCAAAUUUAUCUUGACCCCCUUUCCUAUUUCUGGGUUUUUGUUCUCCCCUAGGGAGCAGGGACCCCCACAGGAAAAGCCAGUUAGAUUCUCUGGAGGAGUACUAACUCUUGGAGAGUAGUAGGAGAGGGGCAGCACCCCUUCCUGUACCCCUUCCAGGUCCUUCUACCUCUACUUGACCUUAGGGUUGAAGAAGGGCCACAACCUUUAUUGGCAAAGCCAUUAAGUCUUCGUUUAUACUCAGAGGAGGUGCACUAUGACCCCAUCACAAACCAACUGAAAGGAUUUGGGAACCCUCGAUCUCUGGGUCAUGGAGUAGGCAGCAUAGCUUUGGCCCCACAAACCAGUCUUCCUUCGGAGGAGAGUGGGCUGAGGGAGGAAAUGGACACCUGUUUCCUCUUCUCUGCACUGACCAGCAGCCUGAAGGGGCAAUGGAGCAUGUGUACCAGUGAGUCUGGGCUGGCACCCCACUGCUGGGAAGUGGCCUGGGAAUGGGAUACAUAAUGGGAAGCAUCCUUUUCCCACCAUUUGCAACCCCAUGUUUCCAGCUUUUGUACCAUGGGGGAACUGCACAUCUUUGACAGGUUAAGUAGUAUCUUUAAAACCCACUCCCAAUUGCUACACCAGUUUGUGACCUUGCUCUUCUGCCCUGAGGGGCAACUGACCCACCAGUCUCCCAGCACCUGGCACAGCUGCCUGACUCAUGUAACAGCCUCCUGGAGUGGAGCCGCGAAGCUACUUCUGCUUCUCCCAACUCUGCCUUCCCAAGGGUCUGAUGGAGCUAGGGCCCCAGCUCAAAGCCUCCCACUCAGCUAUGCUGGGCACACCACCACACCCAGAUCCUGAUGCUGUGGGGCAGGUGGUAUCACCUCAUUCUAAUGAAGGUGAUAAAUUAACACAUACAUUUUUCCAUGAAGUUAGGGCUGAAAGAACCUUCCUAUCCCUUCGCUGCCCUAACCUCAGGGUGGAUUUUACAACCCCUGUCCUUUCUGUGGGGCAUUCCAUCCCACCCAUCUCCUUGGAGUGAUUCCUGGUGUUUUCAGUCCCCAUAGGGAAAGGCUGUGGAGAGUGGACCAUUUGGAGCACUUUUUUUUCCCCUUCCCACUCUUAAAAUUCCCACCCUUAUGUUUUAAACUCACAACAGAGAGUUCGUGAAACCUUAUGCCUCCAACCUCAACCCCAAUAAAAGAAGAACCCUAGGUC